AUGUCGCAAGCACGAAAGAGUAUUAUCGUUGUUAUAGUUUUUAAUAAAAUGGGAAAAAUUGACUGCGUCUUUGUUGGUCGAGUUCUGGGCUUGUAUUCAUCAUGGAUAGAAUGCAAGUUAAUGGAUAUCCUAAAGCCGUGUAUUGUGCAUUUGACAGUAAAGAUGAGGUUGAGGCUGCGUAUUGCAAAUUCAUGGAAGAAAAUUUAUGAUAUAAACAAGUAA